UUUAUUUUUUUAAGCCAUUGAGAUGAUGUUGAGUUUUCUACUACUAUGUUUGGAACUUUGGAUAUAUCUGUUCUCCCAAUUUAACACAUGUAUUAUUCUUCAGACUACUCCGUUGGACAAUUUUAUGACGAUGCAAGGCAAGCUACAAGGUGUAUUCUUGAUAAUGGGCGUGUUCCCAUAGUUACUGGUGGCACUGGAUUGUACUUGCAAUGGUUAAUAUAUGGAAAACCAGAUGUUCCCAAAGCCUCAAAAGAGAUCGCAUCUGAAGUGUCUUUUGAGUUGGCAGAUUUAGAAAGAAAUGGACACUGGGAUGCAGCUGUGCAGCUGGUGAUCAAAGCAGGUGACCCUAAGGCUCAAUUUUUGGCUGCUAAUGAUUGGUACCGAUUAAGACGCAGCCUGGAGAUCAUCAAGUCUAGUAGAUCACCUCCAUCUGCCUUCGAAAUACCGUAUGAUUCUUUCCGCAAAGAAUGUGAUUCUAGUGUAGUAGACACUAAUGACAUUAGUUCUUCUGCUGAUGUUGUGGAGGAAGUUAAAUCAAAGGAAUUGGACUAUGACUUCAUUUGCUUUUUCCUCUCAAACCAAAGGGUUGAUCUAUACAGAUCAAUUGAUUGGCGAUGUGAAGAUAUGGUGUCAGGAACUGAUGGUAUCUUAUCUGAGGCCAGAUGGCUUCUUGAUGCGGGUCUUAUUCCAAAUUCCAAUUCAGCAACCAGAGCAAUUGGCUAUGGAGUAUUUGUUAGUGUGUAG